AUGAUUUUGGUGUUAGUUUUUUCUCUGUUGGCUAUUUUCUUUCUGAAUGUUCUUCUAUGGAGAUGGCUAAAAGCCUCAGCAUGUAACGUCAAAGAGCUUCCUCCAGGUCCACCAAGGUGGCCUAUUUUGGGCAACCUUCUCCAGUUAGGCCCUUUACCUCACCGUGACAUGGCCGCUCUCUGUAACAAGUACGGCCCACUAGUGUACCUUCGGCUAGGAAACAUCGAUGCAAUCACAACAAAUGAUCCAGAUACCAUCCGAGAGAUCCUCUUUCGGCAAGACGAUGUCUUUGCAUCAAGGCCUAAAACACUCGCAGCAGUACACUUGGCGUAUGGUUGCGGAGAUGUAGCGUUAGCACCAAUGGGACCGCAUUGGAAAAGAAUGAGAAGGAUAUGCAUGGAACACCUACUUACAACCAAAAGACUUGAAUCUUUUACCGCACAGCGAGCCGAGGAAGCUCAGUAUCUAAUACAAGAUGUGUGCAAAAGAGCUGAAUGCGGAAAGCCCAUAAACCUUAGGGAAGUAUUGGGUGCUUUCUCUAUGAACAAUGUGACCCGGAUGCUACUAGGGAAACAGUUCUUUGGGCCUGGAUCCGUGGUAGGAGCAAAAGAAGCCCAAGAGUUUAUGCAUAUCACUCACAAGUUGUUUAGGCUGUUGGGUGUUAUUUACUUGGGUGACUACUUGCCGUUCUGGAGAUGGGUGGAUCCAUACGGCUGCGAGAAGGAAAUGAGGGACGUGGAGAAGCGUGUGGACAAGUUUCACACCAAGAUCAUCGAGGAGCAUAGAAGGGCAAAACGGGAAAAGGAAGACAAUAAUAUUGAGUGUGACAUGGAUUUUGUUGACGUUUUACUAUCUUUGCCUGGUGAGAAUGGGAAAGAACACAUGGACGACGUUGAAAUUAAAGCUCUCAUUCAGGACAUGAUAGCUGCUGCGACCGACACGUCAGCGGUCACGAACGAAUGGGCUAUGGCUGAAGUGAUUAAGCAGCCGCGAGUGAUGCGUAAGAUUCAAGAAGAGCUUGAUAAUGUUGUAGGAUCAAACCGGAUGGUCAAUGAAUCGGAUUUAGUCCAUUUAAACUAUCUACGUUGUGUGGUACGAGAGACGUUUCGAAUGCAUCCCGCUGGACCGUUCUUGAUUCCUCACGAAUCUGUCCGACCAACGACGAUCAACGGCUAUUACAUCCCUGCAAAGACACGUGUAUUCAUCAAUACACAUGGGCUGGGUCGAAACACUAGUGUAUGGACUAGUGACAUCGACGAGUUCAGACCGGAACGACAUUGGCCCGUUGAUGGCAGCGGAAGGGUGGAGAUAAGUCACGGGCCUGAUUAUAAGAUAUUACCGUUUAGUGCAGGGAAAAGGAAGUGUCCAGGAGCUCCGUUAGGUGUGACGAUGGUGCUGAUGGCUUUGGCUCGGCUCUUCCAUUGCUUUGACUGGACUACACCGGAAAAUAUUGAUACGAUGGAAGUGUAUGGAAUGACUAUGCCUAAGGCUAAACCAUUGUGGGCUAUAGCUAAGCCACGAUUGGCAGCUCAUUUGUAUACAUGAUGCAAUUGGUUACUAAGACUUAUAUCAUCUAAUUAGCCAUUACGGUCUCAAUAAUAUCGUUGUAAUUUGUG